AGCAGCGAAAAUUUUCUCCACUAACACCCGUCAAAACAAAAAAUAAUAUAGAGACUGAGAAGUAAUUACUUACUGGGAAAGUGUAAUUUAGGGGAAACCGACUCCACGUCGAUCCUUCGUAUUAGAUAUGUAAAUUACCUUUCCCAAAUCGUGGUCGUCUCUACCCAAGAAGAGGAACAAAGAUAUCUCUCUCUCUCUCUCUCAAUGGCUUCUACAAGGGGCAAGAUGUCUACGAUUGCUGCUCGCAUCUAUUUUUUCCUCAUCAUCUUUCAGAUACCUCUCUUCAGGGUCCCAUGUCGAUCAGGGAUGUGUACCACACCAUUAGAGGUGACAUCUUCACAGUUGGUAGCAAACGAUAUUUUCCCUGCAGUUGUAAUGAAGGCUCUUCUCUACCCUGGGGCUGUUGCUAAUGGUAUCAUCAACAAUAUGACAAUCCCCAGAUGGGAUAACAUACUAAACAUCUACAACCUGACAAAUGUGAAAGAAGCUUCCCCAGUGACUGAACUCCAGCGCCUUGAGGUCCUUGCAGGCAGCUACUUUUCUGUGGCAGGAGCUCUUGUUUGUCUGCUGAAACCAGGUAGGAUGAGCAUGUUUGGGACUCUUCUGGUCAUUUGGGGUCUUGUAAAGGAAGGAAUUCUUGGAAAACCUGUUAACACUGAUCCUACGAAGGCCGUUUAUGUAUAUCCAACAAUUGUUAUUGCUCUGGUUUGUGCAUUUGCAUCUGUAAAGUAUGAUGUGAAGAAGAUAACUGGAGGAAGUGCACCGGUCCGUACUGUUGCCAAACCUCUGAAAAGCUCUGCAAAGUCGAAGCUGAAAUGAGUUGAAGUUGUAACAAAAUGUAUCAUCCAAAGCAAAUUUUCUUUGAAGCCCUUUUGUUUGGGGCUGAGGUGACGAAAAAACAAAGUAUGCCUGAACAUUGUCUUGCAUUCUAUGAGGUUUAAAAUUUAAUAUUAGUCUGGUCAUUUUAUGCCA